AUGGAAAAGGAAUCCUCAAAACUGGAAACCAUACAAGAUAUUGCCUUUAAGCUGGCCGAGGAACAACUACAACAGCUGCAAUUGAAUAAUGGACCCAGAGAAAGAACCGUCUUCCUGCUCGGUUCUAAAAAUGUUGGCAAAACAACAUCCAUUAAUAGUUUUUUUGAACGUGAAGAAUCACCUCGGCCCACCUUGGCAUUAGACUACUCGUAUGCACGUAAAACUGGAGCAGUACAGAAACAAAUUUGUCAUAUAUGGGAAUUGGGAGCAUUGGAUCGUCAAUUGGCUGAGGUGCCUCUUAGAAGUCAUGGUGCGGAGAAUUUAUCUUGCAUUAUAAUGUUGGAUUUAUCACAACCACAUCGUUUGUGGGUUGAUCUGAAAGAGGCCUAUGAAAUUUUAAGGGAUUUUUGUGAUAAAGGGAUGGUUGGGAAGGGAGAUGAUAAUGAUGAUGGUGCGGAAAAGGUGAAACUGCGUGUAAAAAAGGAGCAUGUCGAUUUGGCAACAUUGAAUUUAAUACCUUUCCCGGUGAUUAUUGUGGGUGGGAAAUAUGAUCUGUUUAUUGGAUUUGAACCGGAAAUAAAGAAACACAUUUGCCGCUGCUUACGGUCCAUGUCACAUCUCAUUGGUGCUGGCCUUCUUUUCUAUUCGAAUAAAAUACAAAAACUGGCCAAGACAUUACGUGAUACCAUUAGCCACUUGGCCUUUGGUUCACCAUCCCACCCUUUUCGUAGUCACAGCACCGAUUACAAUGAUGCCCUCUCUAUAUGGUUUGGUAAUGAUUCAUGGGAUAAAAUAAGUCCAAUGGGUGUACAAACUCUACAAAGUAUUGAAUCAAAUUUAAAUCAGGAAAUACCACAAGAAUCUACUACUCAACAAAAGGGCGAAAAACAACUACGACAAGAUCCGGCAAAGGACCCUGGGUUUCGUGAAAGUAUUAUUGAUGAAAUGCGUGCCCAAAAGGAUGAAGAGCUACGUUUGCUUAUACAAGAUUCCAUGCAAAAGAUGAUGCGGGGUAAAUUUGAAAGUGUUAAAUAA